AUGUUUGGAUCAGAGAAGACUGCACGAGGGAGCACCGACUCCAGCUCGGACGGCGCUCGCGAACGGCUUCUUGAUUCAGACAGCGAAAAUGGACACAUUCUUCCCCUCCAGAAAUCGCACAAAAGUUCAUUCCACAUCCCACUAUGGGCUCAUGGGAUACUACUUUCCUUGUACACCAUAGGAUUCUUACUUCUAGUAUUGUACGGUCGGCCGGAGGGCAAAUCGGGAAGCCAUCUUCCUUUACCGUCAAGGGAAGGUCUCGUUUGGGAGGAACGAAGGUUUCCGACCGACAUUGUCGAUAACCCAUUUACGGGGGAGCCUCGCGAAGAGCUGGACGAGGCAUGGCACAAACUCCUUAAGAAUGACAACAUUCUGGUACCAAAGGAUUACCUGGACGAAAAGAGCCUCCACUCAGUAUACACCAAGGACGGGGACGAAGGAGUUGCGUCCCUCGCCGUCUACCACUCGCUCCAUUGCCUGAAAAAAGUCAAGCGCAUGCUCUUCAAGGAGCACUACCACAAGGACAAGACCGGCGACGCCAUGGCCCGAGAGGAAAAGCACGUCGACCACUGCGUCGAGUACAUCCGCGAGGCGCUCAUGUGCCAGCCGGACCUGUCGCUGGUGACGUUUCGCUGGAUCAACAACACGGCGCAGCACGCGGACAAGUCGGGCUUCUGGCCGACCAACUUUGACGUGGACGCGCACCGCUGCGCCAACUGGGAGGCGCUCGACUCGUGGGCCGGGCAGCGGGCGUUUAAUCUGUUUGAGGUUGAGAAGCUGGACCGACCGAUGCCUGAGUAA